AUGUCGCGCUUCAGCAACUUUGUCCUCUACUCGGGGAUUGCGACGCUCAUCUAUGCUGCUCUCUUCUUUGGGGUGCUCCCGACACCGGGCUUGUCUGAGCAAGUCAAGGACGACAUCCUGCCGGUGAUCCCUUGGUGGACCUUGGUUUCAUUCGGCUCGUACAUGCUGUGGCAGAUGGGCUGGGGCAUCUUCAACUUCAACGAUGUGCCCGAGGCGUACCAGAGCUUGAUGGUGGACAUCAAGAAUGCAAAGGACUUUUUGAGGGAGAGGGGGGUGGACGUCGACUAA